CAGUCCGUGUUCGCGGCCGCCGGGCUGCCAGAGACGCCUCUCACAACUCAGGAUCUACUCCAUCGUCUUCUGACACGAUUCCUCGGACGUGGGAGAAGCUGCAUCACCGAAACUCGACUCAGUGGGGGAGUGAAAGGAACACUUGGGCAGGAUGAGCUCGGAGCCGGUGGAGGACACAGACACCACCACCUUCGUUGCAGAAAUAUCUUUGGAGGCCAAUUACCCUGUCCAAGUCACAGAUCCUCAUGGCCCGGUGACCCUCCACCUCAGCUCCAUGCCCUCCGGAUACCUGAGCCCCUCUGACAGAAUCACAAAGCCGGUGAAGGACGUGGAGGAGUGCACCUGCCCGACCUCGACCUCACCAGACUUCCCGAAAGAGCUGCAGCUGUUCAACCAUCCGUGUGAAAGGUGCUUCUGUCCAGCCCCUCCUCCGAAGAUCAGUGACCUCAUGAACGACAAAGAUCUUCUGGACACGUUGCGGCUGAAACUGGACACGAACCACUGCACCAUCAAGAACUGGAAGAACUUUGCGAGCCGCUGGGGGAUGAGCUAUGACGAACUGACCCUGCUGGAGCACCGCACCCAGGGCUCCCUGUCCCACAGUCCCACGCAGGAGUUCCUGCACCGCUACAACCAGAAGAGCGUCACCGAACUCACCGACCUCUGCCGCAUCUACCAGCGCAUCGACGUGCUGCGGCUGCUGCAGAGCUGGACAGAGAAGGUCUGGCCCGAGCGCUGGCAACAGACUCACUGACCACUCUCUCCCGUGUGGUCUUUGCUACGCAGCUUUACGCUUUAGAAUGUGAGUAGAUCCCCAACAGAGAUGUUUUCCGUCGACUCUGCUCCUCUGUACAUGGCUGCGCUGUACCCUCGACUGUAAUAAAUCUGU